AAAAGUUACAUGCCUUUUUAUUUCAAAAAGAUUAUUGAAAAUCUGCAAGCAGAUAUUCAGUGUCGCACGAUAUGUUUCCUGCUUCAAUGAAUAUAUAUCCAGAUAAUUUCUUCCAGCCAAAGGAAUCUUAAACGGUGCAGUUGAUUUCACGGUAUAUUGUUUUGAUGGGGAACAAGAGCUCUAGUCCUAGGAAUGGCGGGAGUUGGAGGCAAUCUUCAAUGGCUCCUCAAUCAAGUUAUGCAGAUGGACAGCGGCACGAUUAUGGUCAACCAUCUGUUUCUCAAUACUCUCAAAAUUAUCCUGUGCAGCAUCCUUCUCCUGCAGGAUAUCAUCAUAGCUACGCUCCUCAAGAUUACGCUGCUCAAAAUGAGGCGGCCGUCCCUCCCCGAAACAGUGGGGCUCCAUCUCAGUUACGUCCCCAGAAGAUGCUUGAUAGGAGGUAUUCCAGGAUUGCAGACAAUUAUAACUCGUUGGAGGAGGUCACUGAAGCUCUAGCACAUGCUGGUCUUGAGUCUUCCAACCUUAUUGUUGGAAUAGAUUUCACUAAGAGCAAUGAGUGGACAGGCAGGAGGUCAUAUAAUGGUCGAAGCUUACAUCAUAUUGAUGGCGGUCUGAAUCCAUAUGAGCAAGCAAUAUCAAUUAUUGGGAAAACAUUGGUGACUUUUGAUGAUGAUAACUUGAUUCCGUGUUUUGGAUUUGGAGAUGCAUCAACUCAUGAUCAGGAUGUAUUUAGUUUCCAUCCUGAUGGAAGAUUCUGCAACGGAUUUGAGGAAGUCUUGAGCUUAUAUAGACAAAUCGUUCCUAAUUUGAGACUUGCAGGCCCGACGUCUUUUGCGCCAAUAAUUGAAAUGGCUACAACUAUUGUUGAGGAGAGUGGAGGCCAGUAUCAUGUUCUGCUGAUCAUCGCAGAUGGACAGGUUACCAGAAGCGUUGAUACUCAAAAUGGCCGUUUAAGUCCACAAGAACGACAAACUGUUGAAGCAAUUGUUACAGCUAGCAAGUUUCCUUUAUCUAUUAUUUUGGUUGGAGUUGGAGAUGGCCCCUGGGACAUGAUGAGGGAAUUCGAUGACAACAUUCCUGCACGGGAUUUCGAUAAUUUCCAGUUUGUCAAUUUCACAGAAAUUAUGUCAAAAAAUGCACACCAGUCCCGGAAAGAGACAGAAUUCGCUCUUUCAGCACUGAUGGAAGUUCCAACGCAAUAUAAAGCAACAAUGGAGCUUAGUUUAUUAGGCCGAAUGAAUGGAAAUGCCCCCCAACGGCUUGCUCUUGCUCCUCCUGUCUAUGGUGCUGCUUUUGGUUCGGUCUCAAAGCCCUCAAAGGCAAAAGAUUUUCAACAUAGCUCAAGUUCAUACUACCCGCACAAUGCUGCUGCAGAUACAUCUCCUCCUCCGACCUCUGUUUAUGAAAACCAGAUAUGUCCAAUCUGCCUUUCUAACCCAAAAGACAUGGCCUUUGGUUGUGGUCAUCAGACAUGUCGUGAUUGUGGUCAACACCUUCAACUAUGCCCUAUCUGCCGCAGUACAAUUCAGACCAGAAUCAAGCUCUACUGAAGUUUGCUUUGCUCGAUUGCUUGUAUAUCGACUUCAAAGCAUCGAAUUUCUUCAGUUCUUGAUGCAUAAAAGGUGGAUUGCUUGGUAGCUAGCUAGGUUGUGUAUAGAAUGAAGCGUUGUGUUAUUGUGCAUAAAUUGUGGUGGCCAUAUCUUUAUUCUUUUGCCUGAUAUCAUUUAAGAGAUUGGUGAGAUCUAGAUUGAACAUAGCCUCGGUUAGGAGUUCAUUUACCUUGAUUUUUUUAUUUUUGGAAUUUUGAGUUUUCUCUUGAUACAAGCGUUUGUUCUUGGAAAUUCUUUGAAAAUUUUGAGUUGUAAUGAUGAAAAUAAGAUGUUAUUUUUUGGA